UCAGUCGACGGUUCGCGCGCGUUGUGUACGGAAAACCGGACGAAACCGCGUCGUGUGUGCGCGCGAGUGCGUUCGCGGCGACAAGUGUGCGCGUGCGUGUUCGGAACUGUCUUUUGGAUUCCGCGUUUCGGUCGGGUCAGGAGAGUUUGGGAAAAAGUUAGGGAACCUAACGUUAGCGCGCGUUUCGGUCGCCUGUCCCGCCGGGUAUCACUCCUUUUCGGUCCCGCCUACGAUGAUCGCGGCGCGCGUCACGCCGCCUUCCGACCGUCGUCACGUCCCGGCACCGGUACCGGGGCCGACCGCGACGUGACGCCCGUCCACCGUUUGAGCGCCGCGUCCGACCGCCGACCACGGCCGGGCUGCUCGCUUACCGGGCGGCGACCGCGGCCGCCGCGGUGGCUGCCGAACGUACGGCUGCCCAGCUGCUGGCCAUGCACGGCAACGGCACCGGCGGUGGCCCUUACGUGGACGUCGGCGGCGGUGGUAAUUACACGGACGACGACCUGUACGCGGCCGUCGCGGGCAACUGUUCACUGUUGCCGGUCUCGCCGUCCUCGGUGUUCAACAACAGCACCGGUUGUUACGAGGAGGUGAUCGUGAAGAACUACUGGGCCCUUGGGUUGGUCGUGUUCCCCAUACUGACGCUAUUCGGCAACGUGCUCGUCAUAAUCAGCGUGUGCCGCGAGCGGGCCCUGCAGUCCGUCACCAACUACUUCAUCGUCAGCCUGGCGCUGGCCGAUCUGCUGGUCGCCCUUAUGGUCAUGCCGUUCGCCGUCUACGUGCUGGUCAACGGGAAAUGGGGUCUGCCCCCGUUCGUUUGUGACUUCUACAUAGCAAUGGACGUGAUUUGUAGCACAUCAUCCAUAUUUAAUUUGGUGGCAAUCAGUAUAGACAGGUACAUUGCGGUCACGCAGCCAAUAAAAUACGCAAAGCACAAAAACAACCGACGAGUGUGGCUGACAAUCGUGCUAGUGUGGGCUAUCAGCGCGGCAAUUGGCAGUCCCAUCGUGCUCGGGCUGAACAACACGCCGGACCGGACGCCGGACCUCUGCCUUUUUUACAACUCGAAUUUCAUCAUUUACUCGUCCCUCUCCUCGUUCUAUAUACCGUGCAUCAUCAUGGUGUUCCUCUAUUGGAACAUAUUCAAGGCGCUGAACCUCAGAGCGAGAAAAGCGAAAGCGGCGAGACGACCGCAACUGGCCAGGGACAUGAAACCGGGCAUUAUCAUCGAGAACGUGGCGCAAACGAGGAGGAGACUGGCCGAGACCACGUUGCUGGCCACGGCCUCAUUAGCGCCUGGGAGCUCUUCCAUCGUCGACGAAGGGCCAACGAACACCGGAAGUGGCAGUCAGGACGACGAAGAAGAGGGCGGAUCGCCCGGCUCGGAUGACUGCCACAUCAUACACAACGACAAAUCUACAGACUUUAUCCUGUCCACGGUCAUGGAAGAAACCGCGAUGGUGGCAACGUUGGCUACACCAUCAAACCUUACUGCCGACCCAAACGGAAACUUGGGUUCCAGACCGCAGGAUAUGGAUCUUGUUACAAGGGUCUUAAAUCCUAAUCAAACAGUCAGCUCCAUUAGUGAUAAGAUCGGUGAUAAGGUGCCGACGAAACGCAAAGACUCCUCGUCGACGGCCACCACGACGACGGCGGCGGCAGCGGCAGCGACCGCGGUGUCGACGGUGACGGCGACCAUGGCGCAGCAGCCAACCGUCGACCGAGCGAACCGGUCAACGCAGUCCCUGGUGAAACGGUCGUUGUCAUCGAUGCUGCGCAACGGGUCUGACGAGGACGGCUCGAGGUGUUCGAAAAAGGAGUACAAGACGGCGGCCGAGGGCAGCAGCCGGUUCACCAUAUACAAGGUGAACAAGGCGAGCCGGAAGAAGCGGGAGAAGUCGUCGGCGCGGAAGGAGCGGAAAGCCACUAAGACCCUAGCCAUAGUCUUGGGUGUGUUCCUAUUCUGUUGGGUGCCGUUCUUCACGUGCAACAUCUUGGACGCGAUAUGCCACAAAUUGGACAAGGACUGUUCGCCCGGCGUCCAAAUGUUCAUCCUGACCACGUGGCUGGGCUACAUGAACAGUUUCGUGAACCCCGUGAUCUACACGAUAUUCAAUCCGGAGUUCCGGAAGGCGUUCAAAAAGCUCAUGCGAAUAGGCACUUGACCCGUGGCCGACGGAGCCGGCCGGAGUUUCGCCACAAAGGUCUGCGACAAUUGACGACGACCACAAAACAAUGUCGUUUGAAUUGUACUACUAUUAUUAUUAUUAUUACUAUCAUCAUCAUCGUAAUUAUUAUCAUUAUUAUUAAUA